CAUUUACUCAACGACACAAAUUACAAACACCCGCGCUAUGAAGAUAUCGUAAAGGUACGGUACGAUGGCUAGCUCCUUGUCAACUCUUGUGUAUAAAACAGCCGUAAAACAGUAUGCUGUCUCGCUGUAUCAGACCACACCAGAACAAUACAACAAUCGCGCAUUCUUUACUCUCCAUUCUUUAUCCUAGCAACCUCACUCACCCCAAGCACAUCGAAACUUGCAAGCAAUCGAACCACUAUGAUUAUUACGCGUGCAUUUCUCUCCAUGUCAGCCAUGGCACUCUCCUGCCUUGCAGCCAACUCUAUGACUGUCGAGAGCUUCGACGGACCAGUGACAAAGAAGGAAGUUGACUCAUUCAAGACCGGAAUGCAGGUACUGAAGCCAUCAACAUCGUCAGCCAACGAAUGGGCUCAGGGAAAAUCUGGUGAAAACACCAAAGCCCUCGGUAUGAUGUACGAGAUCUCGAACGACGUCGCCAUCCUCAACAAGAUGAUCACCUUCUGCGACACCGUCCUGUCAAUUCGCAAUGACAUGGGCAAGGGAUGCAAGAUCUGGACCGGCCGCGUCGAUCCGGUUUGGGUUGACUGUACUGAAAAGCUCGACGGUAAAGUUUUUACUGGUGGAGAGCAGGGCGACCCAGUCGGCCAUCUUGGAUACUGUGCUCGUCUCAUCCUCAACACCAAGUCAAUCUUGAACUCGCAGGUCCCCGACAAGGAUCCACACAAUUAUGGAAAGACCUACCUGGACCGCGCAAAGACAUACGUCAAGCAGGCGGACAAGGCUGUCGAUGACCACAUCCUCAAGUCGCUGCUGGACGUCUCGCGGAACAAGCGCCAGUAUUUCAGCAAGGCUUCGGUUUACAAAUCAGGUGGAACUGUUCCCUGGAACCAGCAGAUGAUGUUCAACUACGGCUUUAUGAACCUGGCCAUUGCGCAUGAGCUUCUCGGUGACAAUCCUGGCAAGGUGAAGCUCUAUGACUCCUUCGUUAAAGCAUCGGUCGACUGGUUCUUCAGUACCACUAAGCCAGUCAAGGGCAAGAAGGGCAACAUGGUGUACAGCUGGGGCUAUAUCCCGGAGAAUUCGUCAGGUGAGGACAACAAUCACGGCAGCCUGGAUGUUGCUGGGUUCUCACGCAUCUUCGCCUCAGGCCGCUAUGGUGUUACCAAGGCCCAGAUGGAGCCAUUUGCCAACACGUUUGUUGACAUCAUGACACUUGGAAAGGGCAAGUACGCAGGUCGCACUGAUGGCACUACUGGUGACGGUAACUCAGCUGGUACUGACUAUGUGCGCAGUGGCUGGCUGCUGAUGGCAGAGUUCCGACCCAAUGCCAAAAAGGAGCUGUUCAGUGCCGACUUUGAGAUUGGCAAGCCUGCUCGCAAGGUCGACCAGUUUGCACGUGGCAUGUGGGUCAAGCACCGUCUAGAUUAGGUUUCCACAGUACGAGCAUCUCAAUUCCAAUAUAUGUUUUGUUGUUAGAAACGUCACAGUCUGUCAGUGUGCUGGGUGAUUAGACAGUUUAGCAGUACUGGAAAAGCAGUUGGCACUCUAUUAGCACCAAGCGUACGCCACCCAAGCACGCCACCUGCUCUCCCAUGAUCACCCUAGCUGUUGCACAACCGCUUGCUCUUUGUGCGUCCAGUGCCCAUGUGAGCACGAGACAACCAAGCAACUACUUCAUUUGGAGCCAGA